CCAUGUGCCCCUGUCCCCCUGCCCAGGUAUGAGGAGGAGAUCAACCACCGCACAGAGAAGGAGAACGAGUUUGUCCUGCUCAAAAAGGACGUGGAUGAAGCCUAUAUGUCCAAGGUGGAGCUGGAAUCACGCCUGGAGAGCCUCACGGACGAGAUAAACUUCCUGCGGCAGCUCUAUGAGGAGGAGCUGCAGGAGCUGCGGGCGCAGGUGUCGGACACGGCCGUGGUGGUGUCCAUGGACAACAGCCGCCAGCUGGACAUGGCCGGGGUCCUGGCGGACGUGCGGGCGCAGUAUGAGGACAUCGCCGGCCGCAGCCGCGCUGAGGCUGAAGGCCUCUACCAGGUCAAGUACGAAGAGCUGAAGACAGCAGCUGGGAAGCAGGGGGACGACCUGCGCCAGACGCGCGGCCAGAUCCAGGAGCUGAACCGGCGCAUCCAGCGGAUCCAGGCAGAGAUUGAGGCACUGAAAAACCAGCGCUCUGGGCUGGAGGCGGCCGUGGCCGAGGCUGAGGAGCGCGGGGAGCUGGCACUGAGGGACGCCCGGGCCAAGCUGACCGACCUGGAGGGGGCCCUGACCCAGGCCAAGCAGGACCUGGCCCGGCAGCUCCGGGAGUACCAGGAGCUCAUGAAUGUCAAGCUGGCCCUGGACAUCGAGAUUGCGACAUACAGGAAGCUGCUGGAGGGCGAGGAGAGCAGGCUGGAGGCUGCUGUGCAGAACCUGAGCAUCCACACCAAGCCUUCGGGGUACCUGGGUGGACUCGGGGGAGGUUUAGGGGGGGGAUUUGGGGGGGCCUUUGGGGGGGCCGUGGUCAGCUCAGGGUACUCGGUGCCACCCCCGCCCCCCGAGAGCACGGCCCCCCUCAAAUCCCGGGCCAUCGUCAUCAAGAAGAUCGAGACCCGCGACGGGAAGCUCGUGUCCGAGUCCUCCGACGUCCUGGAAAGCUGAAGCGCCUUUCCUGGGGAGCCCCCAGGCCUUGGCUUGGCCGGCUGAGCUGAGCCCCCCUCUUUCCUGAGCAAACCCAAAUCCUGACCUGCUGAGUCCCCCCUGGGCCCCACUUUCUGGGGUGUCCCCCAUGCCCACACAAACCGAAGCCCCCCUUUCCCAGGGGGCUCCUCCACAUUCCCUGCCCCCCCCCAGGGUGUCCCCCUAAGUCCUGGCCGAGCGAACCCCCUUUCCCGAGGGGGGGGUCUCCAUGUCCGGCCCAGCUGAGCCCUCCCCCUUUCCUGGGGGUCCCUCCUGUCCAGCCCAGCUGAGACCCCUGGGCCUCCCCUUCUCAGGGUGCUCCCCCAUAUCCUCCCAAGCUGAACCCCCUUUUCCGAGGUGUGGGGGAGGGUCCCCCAUGCCCUGACAUUCUGAGCCCCCCCCCAGGUCCCUUCUUUCCUGCCCAAUCCAGGCUACCUGAUUCCCCUUUCCUGGGGGGUCCUGUCCAUGUUCUGGGGGGAUCUUUGGUGGGGGGUCCCCCUUGUCCAGGCCAGCUGAGCCCAUUCCCUUCCUGGGGGGGUCCCUCCGUUCCUGUGGGGGUCCCCCAUGUCCUGACCUGCUGAGCCCUGCCCUUGGUGUGUCCCCCCUCCAUGCUGGCCCUCUUGUUGGGGGUCCCCAGCUCCCCACAGGACACCAGGCACCCUCUGCUGACGACCUGAGCCAGUACCAGUGCCAGUCUCCCCCGGGGGGCUCCAACCCCCCCAUUGUCCCCUCUGGGACGGGGGGUGGCAACUGGGGGGUCUGGGCCUCCCUCCCUGUUCUGCUUGCUGCUGGAAUAAAACCUGGGAAAUUCGG